GUCUCCAUCCUUCAGCAUCCCCUCAACAUCCACCUAUUCGCCCUCUUCCUCCUCCUCUCUGGCAUUUUGUGCAGCGGAGGAGGAAAGGAGGAGAGACUGCUGAGGAGGAGACAGAGGGGACCCUGAGACAACACGUCCCACGCCAGAGCCCGACAGCCAGGGAACUUUGAUUUGACGCCAAGUAGCCUGCGAGGAAAAUGACGAUGAAGAGAAACAGCCACGUUUCUUCUUCUUCUUCUUCUUCUUCUUGGGAGGCUUAGAUAUUUCGGGCGUGUGCAACAUAUGAUGUCCUUGGACUCAUAUGCUCAAUGAAGAUUUAUUUAGGCUAUCUCUGAUUUCGCUCCUCUAUUCGCUGAUGGCGCUGCUCCGUUCUGCCCGCACUUAGGUCAGCCCAAUGAAUGUGAAGGCGGUCUGAGCGCAUUGUUUCCAGCUCCGUUUGCAUAUGGGAUUUCCAGCCGUGAUGUCUGCAAUAUUUCGCUCUUUGUUUCUAGUUCUAUUCAGCCUGUUGUCAGUGGGUGCCCAGACGGAGAUGAAGAAGGUUGUCGGGGACAAUGCCACCUUACCAUGCCACCACCAGUUCCCGUCGUCCAACUCUCUCGACAUAGAGUGGCUACUGCAGAAACCAAACUCCAGACAAAAAGUGAUCAUUACCUUCUUUGGGGGCCAGGUGUACACCAAUGAGGCGACGGCCAACGAGGCCAGCCGUCUUUCCUUUGCUGGUGAGUACCUGGCUGGAGACGCCUCCCUGCUGAUCAGUGACCUGCUGCUGACUGACUCCGGGGAAUACCACUGUAAAGUCAAGACUGGGGGAAAGUACCACUGGAGCCAGGUCAACCUCAUUGUGCUGGUCAAACCUUCCAAGCCGAGGUGCUGGAUGGAUGGCAAACUCCUUGAGGGAAGUGAUGUCAAGCUGAGCUGCAAGUCCAGCGAUGGUUCUGACCCCAUCAACUACAAGUGGGAGCGAGUACUGGACAAAGGCAAGAGUCUGGGCAAAUUGCCAAACUUGGCAUUGAUAGAUCUCAAGAACCCAGAGCUUGUGACCCUGAGGAAUCUCACCAUGGACAGCACAGGAGUCUACAGGUGCACAGCAAGCAAUGACGUGGGAGAGGAAAACUGUACCAUUGAGGUCACAAUGCAACAUGUGAGGGAUAUAGGCAUGGUAGCAGGUGCAGUUGUGGGAAUAUCCCUUGGUGUCCUCAUUGUCAUAUUAAUCAUCUGGCUCGUCUUCCGGAAGAAAGAGAAAAAGAAGUAUGAGGAGGAGGAGACUCCAAAUGAGAUCAGGGAGGACGCGGAGGCUCCCAAAGCCAAGCUAGUGAAGCCCAACUCCCUCUCCUCGUCCCGCUCCGGCAGCUCACGCUCCGGUGCCUCCUCCACCCAGUCCAUGGUGCACAACAGUGCUCUACGUGGUCACCGCCCUCGCCCACCUGCUGUAGCAGCUGUCAAGGAAAAUGGACAGCCUCCAGGCUUCCCCCAGUCCCCUCCAGCCUACACUUCAGUGGUGCCCAAGACCCCCGAGCCCCCUGCCACUCCCAAAUACAACUCCAGGAACAUGUCUGGGCCCACACCCCCAACCCUCAUGGUCCCCGCCCAGACCAAGGCCUUUCAGACUGUGUAGGACUGAAAGCCAACCACUUCAUGCAACCAUGUGAGACUCCAUCCCAGCCCAAGCCCCUAGCCCCUUUCCUAAAGACUAAGACUCUUCCAUAGACAAAGAAAUGCAACUAGUUUAAAGGAUGUAAUUAAAAGAAUCAAUACUAUAAGUCCAAAAGUACUUUUAAUGAAUGCAUACUUAAAAAGGGAAAAUAAGACGUUUUCCCCCUACUAAAUUACAUUAAACAACAAAACAAAAAGCAAGACCUGAGAUGCAACACUGUUCAUGACUCAUGGCUAAAGGCAGAACUUAUUUUCUGAGUUCCGUCUUUUGGCUUUGGAAGGCACAGGGAAGUAUCGUGUGCAGCCAGGGGGAAUGUGCCCCGUAUAGUAGUAGAGCUUUUAUUUAUUUAUCAAAUGAAAGGGUGAGGCAUGCAGUAGAGAAAAAAAGGAACACAGUGAAAGCUGGAUGAUGAAGUAGAUCCAAGACAGAUACCAAUGGAGUUAUACAGCUGUUGAGCUUUGGUUGUCGAAAAAUACGAGAUGCAUGACAAGCAGGGUGGAAACAAGGAGGAAGAAAGUGCAAGGGUGGAAGACAGCUACUAAUUUUUUUUACCCUGGGAGGAGGGGGG